AUGCACAUGAACAUCCCACUGAAUGAGGCAUUACAGCAGAUGCCGAAGUAUGGGAAGUUUCUGAAGGAGGUGAUAGCCCAGAAGACCAGUUGGGGGCAGGUAGACACUAUUAAUCUAACUGAAAAUUGCAGCGCUCUGCUGCAAAGGAAACUGCCUGCCAAGCUGAAGGAUCCUGGAAGUUUCACUGUCGACUGCCUCAUUGGGGGCUAUAAGGUGGAGAAUGCUCUCUGCGAUCUAGGCGCGAGCAUUAAUCUAAUGCCACUAUCAGUGUUCAAGCAACUUAACAUCGGUACUUUGAAGCCCACCUCAGCCACACUACAGAUGGCAGAUAGAUCUGUCGCAUAUCCAGAGGUCACCGUGGAAGACCUACUGAUUAAGGUCGGGGAAUUUAUUUUUCCCGUUGACUUUAUGGUCUUGGACAUGGAAGAAGAAAAGGGAGUCCCCCUACUGCUAGGACGUCCCUUCCUUACCACUGUUGAGGAAAAUAUAAACGUGAAAAAGGGAGAGUUGACAAUCUUCAUGGGAGAAGAAAGAGGUUUAGCUGCAGCCUUUUUCGCCGUAGGCAACCUGGAUCCAGAUCCUUUACACUUCAUCAGGCCUUGA